AUGCUUCCUUCCCUCGCACUCAGCUCUUCCAGUCUCGAUCAGUUCCGCAAAACCGUCUACCGGCCUCGACUCUGCCUUUUGCUGCUGCUCGUCCUCCUCAGUCCAUACAACACCCGUCAGCUCGCAUCAUCCUCUGAAGCUUCGACUGUAAGCUCCAGCCAGCCGCAUCAACCAGGAUGGUCGAUCAGCGUCAUUGAUGGCUUCGUGGUGGCUGCUGCUCCGCCCGCAUCCUCAUCGUCAGCCUUGCCGAAAGCAAGCUCAAAGACAAGCUCCAACCCCAAAGCAGAGGCGGCGUCCACGAGAGCAAAAGCGGCUCCAUCGGCUGCACCUUCAGCAAAGGAUUCUCAGGAUUCAAGCGCACCACAGCAAGGCCAACCACCACCUGGCUCGCUCUUCCGCUUUCCGAAACUCAGCUGGGGCCUCAUCGUCGACGAGCAUGUACUACCUGCGCUGCUGUUGCUUCACUUGCUCUGGGCUAUCCGUCUGGCCGGUAUGGCAGUGGAAGACGGUCUCGUCAAAACCUCGCUACUAGGAUGCAAGUCGCGCUUCUACUCGGUAACGCUUCCACUCGUCUACCUCGGUGUGCUUGCUCUUGUCGCCAUUGUCACAGGUCAGCCUGCCACCGUGGCCACAAUUCGGUCUCGAUGCUAUGUCUGGAGAAACAAACUCGGCUUUGAAGUGUCGGAUCCUCUAUCGUUCGAGAGCGAGCGAAAGUCCUUCCUCCAGGCAGGCGAUCUGCUGCCAUCGUCGCUCUUUGUCAUGCUCGAGACGGCUUCUACGAUCGUGCAUUUGCUCAGUGUCCUUCCGAAGGUGGAUGCCACAUCGAUCACCAACAUCCUGCCCGAGCAGCUGCGCCUUCCUUCGCCUUCUCAUCUCCCGCCUUUGGUCGAGCUACUGCCUCUGCCUCAAUUCAUCAAAGCAGCAUUGACGGAACCUGUCACAAGCACGGCCACAGCGAGGUACGCGAGAAAUCGAAGGCCCAUGAUGCCGUCCAUCAGUGCUGGUCCAGCUGGCAGCACUGCACCUGGCCAAGAGUCUCCGCAGCAGCAGCAGCAAACAGAGACCGGUCGAGCGAAUGCGCCUUCGUUCUCAGUCGAGGCUCCAUCCUCUGAUGGCCGUGCGAAUGAAUCUAGCGACAUGCUCCCGCAACAGGUAUAUCGUCGAGUAGGUGCACCGGAAAACGAAGUAUUGCGAUCUACGAGCGUUGCACGACCUAUCGCACCUUUGCAGCUGCCCGACAACGACCCAAGCACAACACAGGAUUCUGUGCCAUCCUCGGCCUCGCGACGGAGACGAGCACCCCGCAUGCGCGGACAGUCGGUGCUCGUGUCGACCAAAUGGAUCUCCGAGACCGCCACUGCGCUGUUCGACAAGGUGAUCGGCGUGCUCAUCUACGCCAUCAUCACAUUACGGCUGCCGACGCUCACGCCGACAUCCUUGCCGCCCGUACUGUCGCUGCUCAGCCUGCGGUCGGAACUGGCGUCGUUGACGCAGAUCUGGUCCAAGGCACGCAGCUCGGUCGAGUGUCUCGAGUUUGUGCGUCGUCGAUGGGGAGUGCUGCUCGAGCAAGGGCAGGAUCCGUAUACAUCGGUCAGCAGGCCGCGGGCUGCGGCGGCGGCAGGAGAUUAUCAGUGGAAGUCGUACGACGAUGUGUACUGCGCCAUCUGUUUCGAGCAGACCAGGUCAGCUGGUGCUGCGUCGACGGGGAGCGAUACGGCCGGUGACAAGGAUGACAUCGAGCCGAAGAAGAAGUUUGAGUUCUGUAGGCUCGACUGCGGACACGAGCUACACGAUGUCUGUUUGGUUUCGUGGUUGACAGCCCAGGCAUUUUGUCCCACAUGCCACGUCGUUCUUAGCUUCAGUCCUAGAACGGCUACUGCAUCUAGACGCAGUGCGUCGCAGGGGUGA